UGCCCCAUCCAUAUAACAAUUUCAAUAAUUUGUUCGGAAAAAUUAGAGAUGGUAAAUCAUUUGGCAACUGGUCUUUAUCUAACAUCAUGGAGAAACAUAUUCCUCCAAAUCAUAAAUCUAAUAAUUCAAGGCUGGAAAAAGGAAAUAAACCAACUAUUAUUUCGAAUGAGAAAUUAUCUGAACCGAUACCAUUAACAAAGACUAAAAAAGCAAAAAAUAAUUCUUUACAUAGCAGUAAAUUAUUGAAAGUGCCAAUAACGGGAAAAGCUGCAAGUACAAAUGCUGAAAACUUUCAAUCUGGUGUCAUCAAUAAUUUCCAGCAACAGGAAAACGCUACAGAUAAUAGAGCACAAAACAAUCAUCCGCCGGAAGACGCUUUUGCUAGAAGAAAUAAAAGAAGCAUUGACAAAAGUGAGGAAAAGUUUGACAAAGCAUUAGAUUCAUUUAAAUCGCUUACAGACAUGGUAACUCAAUACUACAAUAAAAAAAGUAAAUUGAUGUCAAUUAAAGAUAAUAAAAUAAAUAAACCACAACAGGAACAGCAUCAGCAACAACAUCAAUUUCAAGAUGGGUAUGAAGAAGAACUCUUAAAAAUGUUUAGAAAAAUUCCUUCAUAUGCAAAACACGGUGUUUUUGAAAUUUUAAUGGACGAUAUGGAAGACAUGUUACACAGGGCAGAAGUUCUUUAACUUAAGCGGGCUAUUGAUUAAAUA